UUUCCCUUUACCUGUGCUGUGACGUCAGCGCCAACCUGAACGCAACAUCACGGACGGACAGACGGACGCACACCAUCGGAGUCAGACGACGACACACCGGAGCGGAAGAUGGAGCGUUCCGAGGAGACGCGCGACGUCCUGUGAUUGCGGAGGACACAGGACGCAAAGGCGUCACACCCCCAGGACGUCGAACCUCUCCGUAGUCGAUGUCAGCUAGCCGCCAUGCCGCGCCACCGCCGCGGCGGGGAGAAGACAACCGAAGAUUGACCAUCACCGGCCGGCCGAGCCUCGGGCGCCUACGAUGACUCGGGUCCCGUUCUUCCUGACGCGCUGACCGUGGUCCGGGUGAUCCAGCCAUGCUGAUCAAGGAGUACCGCAUCCCCAUGCCCAUGAGCGUGGACGAGUACCGCAUAGCUCAGCUCUACAUGAUACAGAAAAAGAGCCGCGAGGAGAGCUGCGGCGAGGGCAGCGGCGUGGAGAUCCUGGAGAACAAACCGUACCAGGACGGGCCCGGAGGCUCGGGUCAGUACACCCACAAGGUUUACCACAUCGGCAAGCACAUCCCGUCCUGGUUUUGCUCCAUCCUGCCUCAGGCCGCCCUGCGCGUGGAGGAGGAGUCAUGGAACGCCUACCCGUACACGCGCACCAGGUACACGUGUCCAUUCGUAGAGAAGUUCUCCAUCGACAUCGAGACGUACUACAUGCCUGACACCGGCGACCAAUCGGAUGUCUUUAGUCUGUCCUCUGCUGAGAAGAGACAAAGGACAGUCGACCCCAUCGACAUCGUCAAGGACUACAUCGCCCCCCACGAGUACCUGGCAGAAGAAGACCCCCGACUGUACCAAUCGCUCAAGACCAGGCGAGGCCCGCUGUCUGAAGACUGGAUCGAGGAGAUCAACCGGAGUUCCGGCGACCGCUCGGUCAUGUGCGCCUACAAGCUGUGCAAAGUGGAGUUCCGCUACUGGGGCAUGCAGUCCAAGAUCGAGCGCUUCAUCCAUGACGUCGGUCUGCGCAAAGUGAUGGUGCGAGCCCACCGCCAGGCGUGGUGCUGGCAGGACGAGUGGUACGGCCUCACCAUCGAGGACAUCCGACAGCUGGAGCUGGAGACCCAACUGGCCCUUGCCAAGAAGAUGGCCCAAUACAGCCUCAGCGAGGAGGGCGGCGGCCCCGACACCAACGGCUGCCCGGCCCCUCAGGACCAGAACAGGGAUCAGGAGCCGCGGGUCGCCGCCGGAUCCGCCGCCGAGACCGAGGCCGGUGAAGUGAAGCCGGGCGCGUUGGACAACCGGGGCGAGCUAACCAAGCAGUGGUCCACGUCGUCCAGAUCCUCCAACAGGUCGUCCAAGAGAGGAGGAAGUCCUUCUCAUCACAGCCUGAGCGAGUGGAGGAUGCAGAGCAUUGCGCGAGAGUCCGACGACAGCACGGAUGAUGAGUUCUUUGACGCGCACGACAGCUUCUCUGACGGCGAGGACGCGUUCCCCAAGGAGAUCACCAAGUGGAGCUCCAACGACCUGAUGGACAAAAUGGAAACCAUCGAAGUGGACGAGGGUCAAGAGUCGCUGUAUCCCGAGUCGGCCGGGGAAUUCGGCGCCAUGACCAACGAGGAGACGCAUGGCGAGGCAUCUCAGCAAUGUCUGCAGUCAUCCAAAAUUCACGUGCUAAUUCUGGUCCUGCAUGGAGGAAACAUUUUGGACACGGGCUCAGGCGAACAAGCAAGCAAGCAAGGUGACGUCAACACGCUGAGCGGCGCCUUCGAGACGGUGAUGAGGGUUCACUACCCGACCGCGCUGGGCCGCAUCGCCAUCCGCACAGUACCGUGUCCCGCUGUCUGCGUGGAAGCCUUCUCGCUGGUGUCCAACCUGAGUCCGUACAGCUACGACGAGGGCUGCCUCUCGAGCAGUCAGGAUCACAUCCCGCUGGCCGCGCUGCCGCUCCUCGCCACCUCGGCGCCGCAGUACCAGGACGCCGUGGCCGCCGUCAUCCUCAGAGCCAACCAGGUGUACGCCGACUUCAUCAGGUCGCUGGAAGGAACCUCCUUCAACGGACAGGUGUGCGUGAUCGGAGACUGCGUGGGAGGCAUCCUGGGCUUUGACGCUCUGUGCAGUAGUUCGGUUCUGGUGUUGGAAAGUCCCAACAGCAGCAGGCGGGGCAGCGCCGUCAGCGUGCAGGACACGGAGCUGCUUUCUCCCGGCAUCGUCAUCAACAGCGCCACGCCGUCCCUGGAGGGAAGUCGGCACCUGAGCCGGAGUAACAUCGACAUCCCUCGAUGCUCGGGGCCCGACGACCCCAAGAAGCAGCUGCCGCGCAAACGCAGCGACUCCUCCACCUACGAGAUUGACACCAUAAAGCAUCAUCAGGCCUUCUUGUCCAGCCUGCACUCCAGCGUGAUCCACGCCGAGCCUUGCUCUCGCCGCUCCAGCAACAGCACCAUGCUGGAGGGAGGCUCACUGGGCAAGUUUGACUUUGAGGUGACAGACUUCUUCCUGUUCGGAUCUCCUCUGGGCCUGGUGCUGGCGCUCAGGAAGACGGUGGUGCCCUCCUUGGACGUGACGGCUCUGCGUCCGGCCUGCCAGCAGGUGUACAACCUGUUCCACCCGGCAGACCCGUCAGCCUCCCGCCUGGAACCUCUCUUAGACAAACGCUUCCACCUGCUGCCCCCCUUCAGCGUCCCCCGCUACCAGCGCUUUCCCCUGGGCGACGGACACUCGGCUCUGCUGGUGGAGACGGUACAGAGUAACCCUCAGCUCCUGAUGGAGCCGGCGCUCUACCGCAGUCAGGAGACUGGCGUGAACGAGACCUGCAUCCCCGUGCCCGUCCUCAACUGGCCGCCCUCCACAGAUGGCGGCACUCACAUUUCAGUGGACGCGCCAUACCCGCCUCCGUCCACGUCUCCUGGGGUGCCUCACAUCCGUUGUCACCGCCGAGCGAGCGAGGCCAGCCUGGCGAGCCAGGUGUCGGGAUUGGCCGACUCCUACGCGGUCUCCAACGUCGCCAACACCGGCCCGGUGGGAAAAAGGCCCAGUCUUCUGUCCCAGCUGCCCAAAUCCUACCAUAAACUCGCCUCCCGGACGCCGUCGUUGCGCUCGUGCAGGAAAACCCGACAGGUGUUCCCGAGAGGCGCCGAGUCGGAACCCAGCUCGGACGCCGGCUCUGACAUCACAGACGUCAGCUCAGCCGGGGCGCUAAAGAACUUGAAGCAAGUCGCAUCCCGCUGGUGGGGCAGCAAGCGGAUGGACUACGCCCUCUACUGCCCCGAUGCCCUGACGGCCUUCCCCACCGUGGCCCUGCCACACCUCUUCCACGCCUCCUACUGGGAGUCCACCGACGUGGUGUCCUUCCUGCUCCGACAGGUGAUGAGGCACGAGAACUCCGGAAUUCUGGAGCUCAACGGUAAAGAAGUGUCGGAGUUCACGCCGUCCAAGCCCAGGGAGAAAUGGUUGCGCAAACGCACUCAUGUCAAAAUCCGGAAUGUGACUGCCAACCACCGCGCGAAUGACGGCGUGUUCAUGGAGGACGGCGCCCAGACGAUGACGGCUCGCUUCAUGUACGGCCCACUGGACAUGGUGACGCUCACGGGAGAGAAGAUCGACAUUCACAUCAUGACGCAGCCACCCUCGGGCGAAUGGGUCUACUUCGACACGCAGCUCACCAAUAGCAGCGGCCGCGUCUCGUAUGCGCUCCCCGACAACAAGCGGCUGGGCAUCGGGGUGUAUCCCGUCAAAAUGGUGGUCAGGGGCGACCACACCUUUGCCGACAGCUACCUCACCGUGGUGCCGCGCGGGACCGAGUUUGUGGUGUUCAGCAUCGACGGCUCGUUUGCCGCCAGCGUGUCCAUCAUGGGCAGCGACCCCAAGGUGCGAGCGGGAGCCGUGGAUGUGGUCAGGUACUGGCAGGACCUGGGCUAUCUGAUCGUGUACGUGACGGGGCGUCCGGACAUGCAGAAGCAGCGCGUGGUGGCGUGGCUCUCACAGCACAACUUCCCGCACGGCGUGGUCUCCUUCUGCGACGGCCUGGUUCACGACCCGCUCCGCCACAAGGCCAACUUCCUCAAGUGCCUCGUCGGCGAGGCCCAAAUGAGGAUCUUCGCUGCCUACGGCUCCAGCAAGGACAUUUCGGUGUACUCCAACGUCGGCCUCCCGCCGUCGCACAUCUACAUAGUGGGAAGACCCACAAAGAAGAUGCAGCAUCAGUGUCAGUUCAUUCCAGAUGGCUACGCCUCGCACCUGUCCCAGCUGGAGUACAACCAGCGGUCCCGUCCCGCCAAGCCGGCCAGCGCCCGCAUGGUCCUGCGCAAGCGCAGCUUCGGGAUGGGCGGCGCCUCGGGGGACUUCCUGCGCAAGCGCAACCACAUCUUCCGCACCAUUUCCGCAAAGAAGCCCGGCGGAGCGCCAUCCACCUCGCCCAAGCCUCCGGGCCGGACGGAGCGGACGCAGAGCCAGUGCGAGGCGGAGCGCGCUACGACGACGCCGGCGGCGGUGGUGGCGGCGCAGCGGAGCAUGAGCUUGGCGGCCGGAUGCUGGGGACGCGGUGGAAGCACCAAGGAGGGAGGUGCCGACUUGUUCGGCCCCAAAUGAGCUGGUACCAAACCGGCUGGAGCCACCGUGAUCUCAAAGAAGGAGUGGACUCGACAUGACUGUGUAGCAUGACUCUUUUACACUAACACUUUUCUAUAGGACACGACAAGGGAACGUUUCAAUUCAUUCAUGUAACGAGCCUUAAGCUAACGUGAUACACAACGCAUACAGUAUAAAAACGUUUUCUACUGCAUACAAGCAGAGCGCCCAUUCAAUGUAACAGCUCAGGUUCAUUUCAUUUGACAAACGUUGCCAUGGUAAUCCGCUCUUUGUUUCCUAUGGAAAGCGGUUUGAGCGUUACAGAACGUUAAAAAGACUGAAUAAUGCUCCAAUUGCUUUCCAUACUUGUUGCCACCGUCCUACAACAAUUUGUUUAUCCAUACAAGCCCUCCAGGUUCCUUCAAUGUGGCCAACAAGACCUUGUACACAGCACUAAUCCCUUUAGAGUGCUUUGCUUUGCAAUACCUCUCAUCGACCUGCUAGGGGCGCUGUGGUCCUAUGUACUGCUGCUGCUACUGCUGCUGGGAGUUUCUACUUUUUGCUCCUUUUGAAAAUAUUUACUGCUUGAAUGUUUAACGUGUAUUUUUUUUCCACUCUUUUUUCCUGGUGGAUUUUCGUGACAAGCUGGCACCAUGACGUUUACACGCCUCACCAAUAGAGGGCAGUGUAAAGUUGUUGCUGUAAAGGAAACUUCCUGUACUGUAUGUCUGAUGAUACAAGGUGUAAGCAUUCAAACCAACAAAAAUUAUGUCAGUAAAAGCAUCUUAAGUCGAUAAAGUGAGUGAGUGUAACAAAUGUGUGGAUGAAGUCAGAACUUAAAACUUUGUAAGGUUUUGCAUUGCUUUUCUUCGUGGCUUGGUUCUGCUGUUUUGGUCAGCAAGUAUGCUGUGGGAAUUUGACGGUUCCAGACUGUGCCCCUGCGGUAAUAUUAGCGCUUCAGCUCACUUCCAAGGAGGAAAAUGACAUUACAAGUGAACCUGGUGCUAGCUUGUAACGAAAUGUACUUUAUUAAAGGCCUUAAAAAAAGGAUACUAUCGUUAUAGCACUCCAGCGCAAAAGCCAAAUGAUCCUUUCACACUGUAGUUAAUUAAUCAACUGCAUAACCUCACUCGUAGAAAAACAACAACCUCUAAAUCCGUAAUGCAUGUCUUAUUUAUUGAUUUCAGUCAUUUUAUGAGGAUGAAGAUAAUUAUGUAAAUGUGCCAAAAUAGUGGUAGUACAUAUUUGUUAUUUUAGAAGGAAAUGGGCUCUAUUGUACAUUACUUGAUCUAGAAGAAAAAGUGAUUAAUGCUGCAAACGAAUGAAGGUGACGUUAGAACUCGAAUGUGUCACACGGUGUACACAAUAUAAAGGAAUGAUCCGUGUCUCCUUUUUGGCCAUUGGAAAUUUCGUUUGGAAGCAAAUAUUAAAAAUAGACAAAAGAGUG